AUGCCUCCUGCCGCAUCCAGCACGAAGAAGUCUCCAUCGUUGAAGUUGCUCGUUACCAAGCUGAAGGAUGUCCAAUCUUCUUUUGACGAUAUUUAUCGUUUCGUCGAAGACUUCAAGGAAAAUACAACUACUACCCAGAUUGAAGUACGACUGGAAAAACUCGACGAACUGUGGGAAAAAUUCAGCGACACCCUUAUAGAGUUGAAAUCGCACGACGACUAUGCAGCAAAGGGUGAUGACUACGAGGAUGAAAGGUUGGACUUCAGCGAUCGAUACUACAGGGCAAAAUCGUUUCUUGUGGAUAUGGCCAAAGAAAGACAAGAGGCACCAGCCAUGGAACAAUCGAUACGGGUCGGUGAUACGUCGGUGCAUAGCACAAUGGACCAUGUGCGGCUGCCUCAAAUAAAGCUGCAGACGUUCAACGGCGACAUUGACGAAUGGCUAGGAUUCCGGGAUCUCUUCACUUCACUUAUACACUGGAAGGCGGAUUUACCAGAGGUGGAGAAAUUUCACUACCUAAAAGGAUGCCUUCUGGGUGAACCUAAAAGUUUGAUCGAACCGCUACAAAUCACUCGGGCUAAUUACCAGGUGGCUUGGGAAAUGCUGUUAAAACGCUAUAAUAACAGUAAACAAUUGAAGAAGCGUCAGGUCCAAUCGCUCUUCAAACUACCAGCACUAACAAGGGAAUCCGUUGCUGAUCUCCACUCCCUAUUGGAAGGCUUCCAAAGGGUAGUUCAAACACUGGAUCAAAUUGUGCAGCCGCAUGAUUAUAAGGAUCUUCUAUUGAGGCUGGGAGGAGCACUCAUCGAAUAA